GGUUGAGAAAGUGUUUGUGUUUUAUUACGAUAAAAAUGGCGGGAGUUUCAACAGUAGAAGUAGCAACUCAGGUUCCAUUUUAUGAUUUGUGUGCUUUGUUAGAAAAGAUUGCAAGCACAACAGGAACUGAAAAGAAGAAAAAGAUCUUGGAAUUCUUUGUCAAUUCAUGGAGAGAAGCGCACGCUAAGUUGCAUGGAACUUCGAAAACAACUGACUCAUUUCACUCUGGUAUGCGCCUGUUGCUGCCUCAUCUUGACAAAGAACGAGGUGCUUAUGGGAUGAAGGAGGUGGUUCUUGCAAAAUAUUACAUUGAAAUAUUAAGUAUAGGGAAAGACUCUACAGAUGGCCGUAAACUGCUGAAUUACAGAGCACCCAAAAAUGCCAAACAGGAUUCUGUGGCUGACUUUGCAAGUGUUGCUUACUUUGUUUUAAGAAACAGAUGUCCUGAGAAAGGAAGUUUAAAGAUUGACCAAGUAAACAAGUACCUUGACCAGCUGGCCUCAGCAAAUAUUGAUCAUAAACGUGAUGAAGCUAAGAAAGCUCUACAGCUACUGCUACGUAACACAAGUGCUCUGGAACAGAAAUGGUUAAUCAGGAUAAUUUUCAAGGAAUUGAAGAUUGGCCUUAGUGAGAACUCUGUAUUUAAUGUUUAUCAUCCAGAUGCAAUGGAACUGUUUGGAGUCUGUAACAGUCUACCCAAGGUUUGCAUGGAUCUUCAUGAUCGCAGUAUUAGGAUGAAUGAAGCAGAGAUGUCUUUAUUCUCACCAUUUCGACCAAUGUUGGCUGAAAGAAAACACAUCAACGAGGUGGAGAAGGUAAUGAACAAUCAGUCAUUUUACAUAGAAACCAAAAUAGAUGGAGAGAGAAUGCAGCUUCAUAAAGACAAAGACAGUUUUAUGUACUUCUCAAGAAGUGCAAAUGAAUACACUCAUGUAUUUGGUGGGGACCCAUCCUCUGGAGUUCUCACACCUCACAUCGCUGGUUGCUUCUCAAGCUCUGUACAUUCAUGCAUCCUGGAUGGAGAAAUGGUUGUUGUUGAUCCAAAGACAGACACAUGGCUAUCAAAGGGAAUGAAUGUUGAUGUGAAAUCCUUAACCGCUUAUGAAAACGAUGAAGGUCAUCAUCCUUGCUUCAUUGUGUUCGAUAUUCUUAUCAUUAAUGAGAAAAAACUGGCAAAUGUUCCUUUCUGGAUCUCGUCAUUGUUGGUGGCUAUUUUGGAGUUGGGCGCCGAAGUGGAAUGACAUCUCACUUUAUGUGUGCAGUGGCGGUUCCUUCCAACGUUCCAGGUGAACAUCCCAAAGUGUUCCAUUCUUUCUGCAAGGUGGGGUCUGGUUACACUAUUAAUGAGUUGCGCGAACUGGAUCAGCAGUUGCGUCCACACUGGAAUGCAUUUGAUACUAAAAAGCCUCCAGAAUCAAUCAUUCUGGCCCCUGGAUUCAAGGUUUAAAACUGGUGUGACUCUUCGCUUUCCACGGCUGGAAGCUGUUCGCAGUGACAAGAUGUGGUACGAGUGUUUGAACCUAAACGAACUGACCAGGCUGAAAUCGGUGGCAGAGGGAAAGCUCACAUACCAACAUGUAAAUGCAGAGGAGAAAUCUGAACCAGCCAAGAAAAGAAGGCGAGAGGCUGUACGAGUUGAACAGUCACGGACUGUGGCCAAGCAUUUUAAACCGGCGGAUGUGUCUUCAGUUGAGGAGGUUUCGCAAAUGUUCCAGGAAAAGGAAUUUUAUAUUGUUAACGGUCCUUCCUCGCAUCCCAAGGCUGUUUUAGAAAAAAAAGUUGCCGAGAAUGGAGGCACGUUGACUCAGAACCCUUGUUCUGACACUUUAUGUGUUGUGGCUGAGAGAAUCAACGUUAGAGUUAAGAAUAUUAUCAGUCAGGACAAAUACGAUGUGGUGAAGGCAUCUUGGCUUAUUAACUGCUUGGAUAGUGGCGAGCUGAAGCCGUGGAUUCCAAGUGAUAUGUUUCAUUCCUCGUCCCGAACUGCUGAUAAAUUUGCCGAGGAGUUUGAUCGACAUGGAGACAGUUACACAGAAUUUGCUACAGCCGAGUCACUCAGGAAAGCGUUUGAUAAUGUCCAAAGCAAGAACUCAGCAGUUCCACUUUCAACUGAUGAAAUACUUGAAAUAUCUCAACGUUAUUUUCCCGAUAACUCGCCUUUUGGAUUGUUCAAACAUUGCAGAGUGUACCUUGAUCAGUUCAUUAUUAUUGGGAAUAAAUCAACGGGAAUUCCUAAUAGCAGUUUGGAGCUUAUUGGUUUGAAACUACGCAUGUUCGGGGCACGGAUCACCGACAGUUUUGAUAGCAAAGUGACUCAUGUCGUCUUCGAUGAAAGGGAUCUUUGUCGCCUCAAAGAGCUACAAAGAGUAACGCAAGAUAGAGAAGUAAAACAACAUCUUGUUACGCUAGACUGGGUUACGCAAUCAAUUCAAGCUGAAAAGCUUCUACCGGAAAGACACUUCAGACCAGUUACGUAACGUGACUGUAACACUGAAUCCAAGUUUCCAGCGUUUAGUUGUCUGGGGCAGUUUGAGUUUCCUUUGCAGCCGUU